AUGACCCGGUCCGCAAUUUAUUUGCGGUUUUGGGCUGAAAAUGGCCCAAACAGAAACGGCAUACCGGCCCGCAAAGCAAAACCUGAUACAGUUUCCGUUUUUGCCCCUCCGCCCGCUCCACCCACCCGCUCUACUCACCCGCUUCCUCUCCCUUGCGACGGCGAUGUCGCCCUCUCCCAACCUCGCCGAACCGCCCUGUCCCUCCCUCGCGACGGCGGUGCCCUCUCCCACAUACGCCACAUCACGGCGCCCUCUACCUCACUUGCGUCGUUUGUCCAGCGCUCACCAACAAAUCUGCCGCAUGGAGGCAGGUACUACCAAGGCACGGAGGAUCUGCCACUUCCUCCCGAGCUGCUGCUGCCUACCGACGGGCAUGGAGGCGGGCAGGUGUUCCAGAUCUGCAGCGACGGCCUGGGCACGGAGGCGGUCGGCGAGCUAUCUUGGUCGUCCGUGGAGGCGGGUGAGAACGAGGAGGGCGCCGCCGUGGUGGCCUUCUCCUGCAUGGCCCGCCUCACGGCCUCCCUCCCAUCGUCGGCCUUGACAGAGAGGAGAUGCCACCGCAGCCUUGCAUCCAUGCGCAGGCCGUACUUCUCAGCUUUCAGCUGCAAAGACGUGUUAUUAUUGGACCUGUUGCAUAGAGAGGCGGUGCAGGAUCAACGAGAAGAUGACGGCGUCUUUGCACGGAGCAGCUUCAAGACUGUGUCGUCAUCCUCUCGGUUGUUGCUGAGAUGGCUGCGAUUUGAUUUGGCUUUGUCAGAGGAUGCGUUUACCUCUUUGGUGAAGGAGUUAGUGGUUUAAUUCUUGCAGUUGUUGUCAAAUUUUUUGAUAUACAUGUUCUUAGAGUAAUUAAAAGUCUCAGCAUAGUAAUGCUUAAGUUUCUUCUGACUUACAAGCUGCAAAGUUCCUCCUUGGAGAAGGCCAUGAGGAGUCCAAUAUAAGAAGUUAGUACUUACAUUACCUCUAUUUAGUUCUGCAGCUGUAUGAGUAUGGGUACUGAUAAAAAAGAAAGCUGAUUUUAUUUCCUCUAUUGGUGAUACAUCUAAUGUCAGAAGAUUGCAUUGCCAAUAUGUUGUCUUCACUGAAGCUCAUUGAGAAGGUAGGCUGUAAUAAAAUUACUUACAAGCCGGCUGCACUUGAAUGACAAGCGAUAUUUCUGAAUCUAUUCUUGAAUCUUGUCAGUAAGACACAAGUAUACACAAGUAGUGGAAGCCUGCAUUACGGUGGUAAUUUCAUUGGUUUAAUCCAAAUAUUUAAUAGUUGAUAAUAAACGUUCUGGUCUUGUUUUGAUGGGGUCAGAAUGGUAGGGAUUCCAACUAAUACUUGCAGAGGAACAGGCAUGUAACAUUUCUACUAUCUCCUGGUAACAUCUAUGCACUUCCUAUUAAUUGUUUGCAUAACUAAUUCUUCCUAAACCAUUUGUACUAUGAAACUCUGGUGCCCACGGGCCUGAGCCGCAUGAAUCUCCGGCCAUGAAGUUAAAGUUUUUAGGAACUUAUUUUGAUUUAAUUCGUAGACUAUGUAUCUCAAAGUAUGUUCCUUUAUACAUGAGGAGAACCUGAAGAAUUGGAACAUAAUACCCGGUAUGCAAUUGUUCAGUUACUAAAUGAACAAUCGCCCUGUAGAACAGCAAGGGCAUGAGAGUUUCACUCCUUUAGUAAAGGAUAUCUAGGUAGCUCGAGAGUAGAAUGAUGUACGGGUAGAUUAUGAUUGUCAGUUUAGGACCAUGCUAUUCUGAUAAAUUUCAGGGUCAGAGUAUAAGUUGAGUAUAAGAACUCCCCUCUGCCAUCACCAAUGUACAUGGUGAUGUGGUAAACAUUAGGCUGGCACCACAUGGAGUUGCAGGCAUGGACUUCGAGCAGAGGUAGACCUGCAGCUCCAUCUUCCUAUCGCUGGUGGCCACCGGCAGCGCCUUUACGGAGACCCAUGACUCGGCGUCGUCCCUCGGGGCACCACAUGCUUAAGAAACAGUAGUAUGUGAAUGUAGAAUAAGUCUCCUUUGGUAGGAAAUUAUCAUCACCAUUGCUUUAUAGAGUAGGUUGAAGCUAUCUACUGGUCCAAUCUAUUGCUUAUUUAUAUUUUUUGUCGAAUUAUCAUGUCACGCAAUAUGGCUAUGAAAUGUAAAUAAGUUUACUCAUCUUGCUCACCUUUUAAAACUGAAUUUAUCAACAGCUGCACUGUCAGGUGAUAAACCUAAUGUUGGCUGAGUUCGUCAACGGCCACACUAUCAGGUUGAUGGAUGUCAUUCGAUUUUCUUUUUGCGUUUUACUUAAAUAAUAACAUCAGCUGUAUAGUCUGCAACAUGCUAUGUAUAAGUAAUUUACUUUUAAAUUAAGCAUUAUAAUAUGGUAUUGGUUACCCAUCUUGGUAAGAUGGAGCCAUCUGAAUUUCAGCCACUGGGUUACAGUAAGUUCACCAAAUAAGAAAACUAAGCGUUUGCGGCUGGCAUCGAUUAGAGUAGUAGAAAAUGUCCAGAACACAUGUAUGCCGCUGUCUUAAAAGUAUCCAUGCUAAUUCUAUUGCAAUUAUCUAAAAAUUACAUAUCUUGCUAUUGUUUUGGAAUUUUCAGUUUAGUACAUUAAGCUUUUUCUGUACUGUUAAGACGUCAUGUAGAUGAUGCCAUUCUAAUUUUAACCAUGAUGUGAUCUUUUUUCUCUUUUCCAACCAAUCAAUCAACAUGAUAAUUGAUGCAUCGGGAAGCAGAAGAAAAACAUUGCUGCAUAGCAGCAUGACAGGGAUGAGAAUAAUCUUCAACUACAAGGUUAUGUUGAUGCGCCAACUAAUUCAUUUUAUUUUCCAAGCAUUUUUCUCACAUAAUUAUUUUGGUGUCAAAGCAGAUCUUUUUGAAGAAAAUGGAACUAAGUAAUGCAUUGAACUUCACUAUGUGAUACCGUGAGAUAAUUAGAGUAACAUGUUUCAUUUGAAUUAGAUUCUUGCAAUCAUAUUUAUUUAUGCUUAUUGGUUAAAUAGUUUCCUGAUCCAAUGCUUUAUUUUUAUACAAAUUAAACACUGCACUCCUCAGCAUGGAUUUCCUUUGCUUGUCUUGUAUGAUAUGUCGGGUCUAGAGAAUAGCUCGGGUAUUUUUGUUUGCAUAACAAAAAUAGUAACAAUGCUCUUGGGCUUGUUACUGAUUUUAGUAGUAUGCUUAGGCUUGUAUUGCCCUGUAGUAGGUCAGUUAAGAGCCUUUCAUUUACCUUCCAUGUUCUUCUGAUUUAGAAUACUCUUCAAAUGCAGAAAUGACUAUUUAAAAAAUAGAUGUCCUAAUAAGUGUCCCAAAUACAUGGUUGUGAUAAUUGGCUUCCGUAACCGUUCUGAUAAUAGAUUCACCUCCACAUGUGAGUUAUUACAUAUCACACAAAUGGUUUAUAAUUUUCCAGUUAAAAAAGGUGUCUUGUAGAAACUUUUCUAUGUUAAUAUAUUGUUAACAUCUGAAACAUAUCUUGAAUCAUGAAAGUGUAUGCAUAGUUUUAUGUCAAGAUGCUUGAAACAGGAAUGCAACCAACUAAGAAAGGCGAAAUUUCUUGAAACAGUACUGCAACUGACUAAGAAAGGCGAAAAUUAAGAAUUCAGACAAAAUACUCUUUAUAUGCCACCAUAAUUUAAGGUAUCAUGAGUUGAUAUGUGAGCCAAAUUGAUUUAAUUUUGAGAUGAA